AUGUCUAGGGCUGACCUCCAGAAAAGGAAACGUUUGCUGGAUGAAAUCCCUGUAAAUCCACCGAAGAUCCCUCCUUGCGCCUACCAGCCUGGUCCUGAGCCACCCCCUCCCCAGGAGUAUCAGCUCACAUUAUUUCAGUGGCAAAUCCAACAAGAAGCGCGCAAGUUUGAAGGAGUCGCUCCCGAGUUGCUGAGCAAACAAGAUGCCGACGGUGACACAUGUCUUCACAUAGCUGUGGCCCAAGGCAGAAGAGCUCUGGCCUACAUGCUUGCUUCCAAGAUGGCCGUCUACGGUGCUUUAGAGGUGAAAGAGCACAAUGGGCAGACGCCGCUUCAGGUGGCCGCGGCAGCCAAUCAGCACCUCAUCGUAGGUGACCUGCUAGAGCACGGAGCAAAUGUCAACACCGCAGACUUGUGGGGGCGCUCCCCUCUGCACAUUUGCGCUGAGAAAGGAUUCCACCUCUGUCUUCAGGUUUGGAGUUGAUCAUUUUGGAAAAAUGACUUUUUAUAUCGUGAAAUUUAGGGAAUGCCCUUUUAUUGACCUGAAAACUAACCAGGGUCCAAAGAGUUGCCUCAUAUAGAAAACUUUGUCCAAAGAAUGUACUCCCAAUAGUUGCAACCGAACACCCUUUGCAGAUUUUUCCAAUGUUCAUAUUUUUUUUCUGUUUUAAAAGUUUUUGGAGGGAGGA